AUGGGCCUGGGAUAUGAGGCAUUGAAAAGGACUCUGCCAAAGCUAAUUGUCUGCGAUAUCAGCGGGUAUGGAAGCACAGGACCAUACAAAGACAAAAAAGCCUAUGACCUAUUAAUCCAAGCCGAAUCCGGCUUCCUGUCCGUCACGGGUUCGCCAGGUAUGCCUGCAAAGUCAGGAAUCAGCAUAGCAGAUAUCGCAGCUGGAACUACAGCAUACAACAAUAUCCUCGCAGCUAUAAUCCAACGCGGCAGAACUGGUGAGGGGUGUCGACUGGAUGUUAGUAUGCUGGAGAGCAUGGCGGAGUGGAUGAGUUUUCCCAUGUAUUACGCUUAUGAUGGUGCUCCGGCUCCAGCUCUUGCGGGUGCUGAACACGCUUCGAUCUAUCCUUAUGGACCGUUCAAGACUGGUGAUGGAGGAGUCAUCAUGUUGGGAAUGCAGAAUGAACGGGAGUGGGGAAUUUUCACGGGGAUACUGGAGAAGCCGGAAUUACUUUAUGAUGAGAGAUUUAAGACGACUUCGUUGAGAUCUGCAAAUCGUAAGGAGUUGAAGGAGGUUAUUGAGGAUGUGCUUAGCAGGUUCUCCCCGGAUGAGGUUUUGGACAAGUUACAGACGGCGGGCAUUGCGAAUGCGAGGGUGACGGAUAUGCCGGGUUUGUGGAACCAUCCGCAAUUGAAAGCGAGAGACCGUUGGAUGAAAGUCGGGACACCAAAUGGCUCCAUACCAGCUUUGAAACCUGCUGGGGCUGCUGAUGGGAUGCAUGUCAGAAUGGAUGCCAUACCGGCUGUGGGGGAGCAUACUGAAGCUAUAUUGAAGGAGUUCGGAAUUGACAGGUGA